GGUGUCCCUUUGCGGCAUCUUGAUUUGCCACUUGGCGCUGAUGGCGGCGGGGUUGGCGGCGGAGGGUCGCACCGAGGAGGGAGAGCGAGGAGGCGGGGAAGAGGAGAGAGUAGACCGUCAGACACCGCUGGAAGCUACGGGGGAAGAAGCUCUGGAGGAGGAGAACGACACUCCUGGGGAACCGACAGACACCGACAGACACGCGGUGAGCACAAGAAGAACUGGCGCUCUGAGGCCCGUUGAGUGAUGAGGAUGGAACCGCUGGUCGGGGGGAGCGGCCAUCGUGUCCUGCUCCACCAGCCACUGCUUGACCACACCUGCAGCAGCCCCAGGCUGUUAGCCUGUAACGUUAGCACCAAUGCUAUUUAGUGGUAGUUUUGUGAUGAAAGCCUUCAUACUGUAUUCAACAGGGUUAACUUUUGUUGAAAGUUGCUGAGUUCUUUCACUUGGACAAUGUGGACCUGCAUAAUUUCAGCUGUGCUUUACUAACAUAACAGCUAACGGCUAACUUAUAAAGCAGCUAAUUUGAUGCCGAAUUCAGCAGAAAGUACAAAUCAUGUAAAAAUGUAGUUCAACGAUAAAAAAUAGCAAUCUCCGGUUUUAGCAGCUAACGUUUAGUUAGCAGCUAGUGGUUAGCAGGGAGUUGAGCUGGCGCAGGGCUAAAUCCUGGAAGUGCAGGGGCGCAAUGGAGUACCACUCCGGUGGCAGCCUGCCCCUGCUGGGAAGACCGCGCUACUGUCCUGGGGCCAAUGCUAAUGGAGGUUACCUGUGUGAGACGGGACACUGCUGCGGAGAGAGUGGAUGUUGUACUUACUACUACGAACUCUGGUGGUUCUGGCUCCUGUGGACCCUCUUGAUCCUGUUCAGCUGCUGCUGCGCCUACAGACACCGUCGAGCCAAACUGAGAGUCCAGCAGCAGCAGAGGCAGCGAGAGAUCAGCCUGCUGGCCUACCAUGGAGCCAACUCCUACCCAUCCUCCAUGCUUGACCUGAGUUUCUUAGCAUCUCUGAAGUUGCCUUCCUACGAGGAAGUCGCAGCUCAACCUUCAACGCCUCCUCCACCCUACAGCUCUGUCUUUACUGCCCCACGUUACCCACAGCCGCCGCGCACCGUCGACCCCCACCUACUGACACAGCAUGGCCCGCUGCUGCACCACCCGUUCAGCGAUGGACCGUCCUCCCUCAGCUCGGACAACAGCUCCAGUUGCUCCUGCGACUCCUGCUGUCCCUCCUCUCCAUGUAGCUCUUCCCUAUCAGCGCCUGUCACCUACGAGACUGACACAAGCCACGCAUCCACCCCCAGUGAGGCUGCCCCCCUUACCCUUGACCUCACCUUGGAAAGAAUUACUACUGUGGCUUCCUGUUUGGAAGUCACUGAAAACCAGUCAGCGUCUGAAAGAACUGCAGACUCUGUUGCCGUGGACAUCAGCGAAGCUGAUUCUGCCAGAGCUCAGGAACCCGUUGUCAGUGACACAUCGGUUCCCACACAGACUGUUACUGUUGCCGUUGUCACUCGGGGGGCUUCCCCGCAGCCUUCACCCUCUCCUGGAUCAGAGGGGGACCUUCCUCUUGGAACCACGUCUCCUGCCAAGCAACAGCUGGAUACUAAACCUUGUACCCCUCUAGCCAGCACCUGUAGCUCUAGUAUGCCUAGUCCAAACGUCCAUGAUGCACCACUUCCCUGCAACCAUAAUGUAAGCGUUGAAGGCGAAGCUGGUGGCCACGAAAUGACAUCUGCUCCACAACCCUCUUCGACAUUCAGUGUUCCGUCCCCAACAGAAAGUACUUGUGAUAGACCAGGAGUCAACCUUACCCCAGACACCCUUCAUUCAACAAGAACUUUUUGUACAGCCAGCCUUCCCAGUAGUCCAACCUUAGCAGAAGUUGAAAGAACGUUGGCUCUGAUUACAGAUUCUCCUGGUCCUCCACUUCUGGACCCCAGUCCUAGCCUUGUCCCAAUACCAGCAGCUUCAAACCCUCUCAAAGCUCCUGUCAUAGUAUCUUCAAACCAUACGGUAACUCCAGUGCCAGUGCCUACAAAUCAGGCUGGAGAUUCAGUACCUGUAAACCUUAACCAAAAUUCAGAACUGACCCCUUCAAAUGAUCCACACUCUGCAUUUAGUCCUGUUCUUACUCCGUGUGGGGGCCUUCCCACCGACUCAGCAGCCAUGUCCCCAACAUUUGCUCCCCUCAAACGCCAGGGGCUGUCACCUGAGUCUGUUAUUACCCAGGUUCCUCUGGGCCCGCUGUCAGAUUUGUCCCAGCGCGCAGGGGUUUCUGCUGCUGUUACAACUGGUCAAGAUCCAGGCACAUUAGCAGGUGAAUUGGGUCCUUGUUCCGUCCUCGCUCAGUUGUCAAAGUCAGACAUUAUUGGUCCAUUACAAUCAAAAGGCCAGGCUGGAUCAGGCUCCUCAUCUGCUUCUGCUCCUCUGAUCACCUUCCCUUCUUCUGCCUCCUCUUCCCCUCCCCCUGCCAUAACAGUUGAUUCAGAAUCUGUGUUUACUCCUGUCCAGUCCCCAACUUCAGCCCUUUCCUCACCCUCCUCCUUACCAUCUCCUCCUUUCCCCUCCUUUCCUUCUGCCCUCCCCGCCACCACCCUUGCACCUGGUUUUCUUCUGGAUCCCAUCAAUGCCCUGCACCAAUCUGAAAAAGGAGGUUCUUCCUCUGGCCACGCGUCUUCGCUCUCACCUUCGCCUCGUACCACUCAGUCCCCCCCAAAACAGACUCUCUUUUCACCCUGCGUUGAUGUUUUUGAACCUGGACCUCCUAACUGGGAGGAUGAGGACGAGGAGGAGCAGGAAGAAGACAACGAAGAGGACGAAGACGAUGACAUGGGGGCAGACGAGAGCCAGUACAGACACAGACGGCUGACGGGCGAUUCAGGAAUCGAAGUGUGUCGUUGUCGGGUUGAGAAGGAAGAAGAUGAUGACGAAGAGGAAGAGGAAAAGAAGGUGAAGGAUAAGGCUUGCAGAGGAGAAGGGGGUACGGGGGAAAGGAACAAGAAAGAAAACGGAGGCUCUGAUCUCCACGAUAGCAUUGACUGUCCUGCCAGAGGUCACAUGACCACUGUGGAAGACCUGACCCGGUGCAACCCAUCAUCCACCACUGCAUCAUCAGAUGACUGUGGUGAGGUCGUCAUUGUCAUGGAAAGAGUCUGAUUGACAGAAGUGGGCGGGUCAAACCUCGGGUCAUACAAGCACUUGACACGGAGAACAUUGAACUGUGUUUGAGAAUGUUCUGGAACCUGGGAGUUUGACAAGUUUGGUGAUCAAGGUCUCAGUCGGCACAUAGAAUAUGGAGCGAGUGUUGGAACAAACAACAGGAGUCAUGAAUUCAACACUGGGAUUUUAUUGGUCUGUGGUUCUGGGCCUCGGCCUAAUGAGAUUCAAGGAGGACCAAGAGUAGGGGAGGUGAUCAUGUGCCUCUGAGCUUUACGGUUUUUUUUUACCUACAGCCCUCGGCAUUUUCUAAAAUGUAGUGGAAAAGGCAGAAAAGCCUGCUGCGGGUUCUGAUCCUGAAAGAGUGAGACUGGAGAGGAAAAGCUGUGAGAAGAAGGGGAAGUGAAGUCGCACCCAGAGAUUCCUCAUCACAGAGAAACUCCCUGAAACACUCAAACAUACCAUGAGUGCAAGAAAUAGGACGUCUCUGGUGGUGAAUAUGAUAAAACUCCACUGGUAAACCCGUCAAUUCAGUGUUAUGAUCUGCCCCCCUGAAAAAUUUGGUUUCCUUGAGAAAUCCUUGUUCUGCACAGCAGGUUUUUCAUGAAGUUUAUUCAUUUAAUCAUUGUUCUUUCUUUAAGCUGAAUUCAUCCAUUUUGCUGUUUUAUAAUUGGGUAAAUGCAGUAUUUUCCCUGUAUUUGUGACUCUCUGGCUUUCUCUCCUGACUGCUGCUGUGGCAUUAGUUACUGUUGACCUCACUUGUAGCUAACUUAUAGCUUCUUGUGAAUGUUAAAGCUAACAUUUAAACCACAUUUCAUAUUUAUUGACAUUUUUGGCUGUUUUCAGACCAGGGUUCAGUCAGUCGACCUGUCCUCAGGUGCAGUAAAAGGCCACAUUGUUAACAUUCAUAUAUAUAUAUAUAUAUAUAUAUACUUAUGUAUAUGUAUAUAUACAUCUUGUUGUCAUCCGUUCGUCAACAAGUAGAGAAAAGCCCGAAAUAGUCAAAGGUUUAUCAGCGGAGUUGUUGCCCGAUGACGAACGUUUCAAACCAUCCCAGGGAUGAACUGUCCAUCUUUGUGGUAUCAGAGCGACAGAUGUGGGAGGAUGAAUCACAUUGACUGACAGAAUAAAGCUGAUUCAUUGGUUCAUCAGCCAGGACGGCUUGACGUAGAAGACUGUCGUGAAGGCAGUGUUGCAGUAGGUGUUGAUGCAAAUCCUUAGAUCUGACAGAAACUUCGUCAGACGUCUGUGGAAGGUUUCCGAUCAGUGGGGGGGGGCGGUCCAGGAGGUUUACUGUGCGUCGGCAGAGCAAAGUACAAACAAUGGCUGCUGUUAGUCAGAAACAAAGCAGCAAACAGAAGAGGCAACACAGCAUCAUCACCGUCUUUGUCUUCUUUCCCUGAUUGGAGGUCACAUGCAGCACAGCGAAAACUUGACAAACAGAAAAGACGUUCAGGCCUGGACUCCACUCUUGAUUCACAGCUGAUUCUAGAAUCCUCUGUUCUGGUGAUGAAUGAGAGAAAGUCACUUCAAAAAACCCAACAGCAGUGAAUCUCCUCCAGGAUCAGACCUGGAGCCAGUUGAUUUUUAGUCCCUUCUAAUAUAUUAAUGUUUUGUUCAAUGUUAGCUCCAUAGGCGUGUCCAUAAUAUUGAUAUUUUGUGACAGAAAGACACUAAGGUAGAGUAUAUUUUGUCAAUGACAGAGUGUUAGUAACAUUUGUAUUGUACAUGCUGGUGUAUUUCUUACCAACCUAGAGUCUGAAUUAGUGAUUAGGAGGAUUUUUCAUCAGCAGGUCCAGUCUAGAGUCUUUACCAGUUUUUGGACAUCGUUGUAGACUAACAGCUUGACCUGAAGGCAAAACAAAACAACCUUAAACUAGAGCUGCAUCACAACGCCUAACGUGACUGUAGAACGGUGGCACCCCCAGAG